UUCCUACCGCUAAUAAACCACAGAAGAAGAAUCAUAACACCAUUAGCCGGUAUCAGGAAGGUUCUAGAUGAACUGGUACGUUCUGGUUCUUUCUGAGUCCACUCUGAGAACAUGAAUCCAUGCUCGCCAGUCUGAGGAACACCUGAGCGGAGAACAUACACCUGUAAAAUCCACCGAAGAAGAAGAAGAUCGGCUCAGGGUACCGGAAGUGGAGUCAGUGUCAGGAGGCUAACUGUUAGCAUCAACGGAUAAACCAGACUUCAACAUGAGCAGCAGAAAACCCCAGGAUCAGGAGGACGAACAGGACGAAGAGGAGGACUUCUAUGACUGUGAGGAGACUCACCACCAACUGAGAGGAGCAGAGGAGGAGACUGCAGGAGCGUCUAAAGACUUAAAAACUGACAGACUGACAGACAGAAGUGACGGCUCUGAGAGGGAGGGGAGGAUUGAUGAGGACAAGACUGGAGAGGGAAUGGCUAAAGAAUAUAAAACUGGCAGAAAAGACUUCAAAGAGAAGGAGGGGAGGAUAGAUGAGGAGCAGAGAGACAAUGGGCUGCAGGAUAAUGAGAGGGAAGGCGACGAGCUACAGAGCGAUGAGACAAAGGGCAACGGGUUGCAGGAUGAUGAAACGAAGAGUGACGGGCUGCAGGAUGAUGAGACGAAGGAGGACUCAGACUCUGAGUUUAAGGAGGUGCUGGUGGAUGAGGUGGAGUUUGACGAUGAUUAUCUGAGGGAGGUGGAGAAGGAGCUGACAGAGGAGGAGAAGGAGAGUCGACGGCAGCAGAGUUUGACUCUGAAGGAACAAGGAAACGCUCAGUUUAAGUCUGGGGACUGGGAAGAGGCAGAGCGGAGCUACAAGGAGGCUCUGGGUUUAUGUCCCAUCUGUUUCAGCAAAGAGAGAGCCGUACUGUUCUCCAACAGAGCUGCAGCCAGACUACACCUGGAUCUGAAGGAGAAGGCGAUCUCAGACUGCUCCAGAGCGAUAGAGCUGAAUCCAGACUAUGUGCGAGCGUUGCUCAGGAGGGCGGAGCUUUAUGAGCAGACAGAGAAACUGGACGAGGCUCUGGAGGACUACAAGAAGGUCCUAGAACUGGACCCCAACCAGACUGCCGCCAGACAGGCCUGCAUGAGGUUACCUGGGCAGAUCCAGGAGAGGAACGAGAAGUUGAAGGAGGAGAUGAUAAGUAAACUGAAGGAUUUAGGGAAUCUGGUCCUUAGACCAUUUGGACUUUCAACCAGAAACUUCCAGGUGAACCAGGACGCCGCCACGGGGUCGUACUCCAUCAACUUCGUCCAGAGCCCCGGCAACAACAACAACAACAACACGUGAUGUCACAGACACAGAUGUUAUAUAUAGAUUCUAUAAUGGGCUCUGAUGUUUGUCUAUGCUGCCGCCAUAUUGGAGAGGGGUUGUCACAGCUCAUAAUGAAUGUAAGUCUAUGAUAGAAUAUGGAGGCCGAUUACUGCAACUUUAAAAACAAGGACAGAUAUCAGGGUCAGGUUAUAAACAAAAUCUUACAUCAUAAUUACAAAACAAGAAGUCCAAAUUAUGAGCUAAAAAGUUAAAAUAUAUGUAGGUUUUUAUUUUGAGGGUUAAAUUCAUCAGUUUUGACAUAUUUCAUUGUUUUGACUUUUAUCUCAUAAUUCAGACUUUAAUAAUUUUGACUUGAUUUUUUUUUUAAUAAUUACCUUUUUUACCCUUUUUUUAAUCUGAACUGUCAGAAAUGGUCUUCCAACUCAGGAGUCUAUCUGUGAUUAACACUCUCAUUCAUCACUGAAACGAUUAUUUAGUAAUCCAGUUGUCACACCCUCGCUCCUCUCCAGCCUUAUGAUCAGAUCUGACAGUUUUUGUCUAACUAAGACGUUGUUCAGGACUUUGUGUUCCUGUUCAGUGUUUGUAUCCUGCUAAUUCAUAAAAACAUCUCUGUGUUUGUAAAACAAACACUCAGUAAAGCCUUCAUCAUAGACAGACUUCCAAACAUCAUCAGAGUAGAAGUCACAGCUGUACCUCACCAAUAUGGCCGUCACACAGACAUAUGUCUGAAGCCUGGAAGCAUGUAAAUAUCAGACAGGUGAUGUCACAGGUGUGUAUGAUCCUGCGUGUGCGAGAGUUUUUUUAAUAAAGCUGACUGAUGUGA